UUUGGAGGUGGUCCUGUGUGAGUGGAGUCGCUCUGAUGGGGGGAACACUCUCUCAGGCUCAGAUGCUGUGUGACUGAUGAGUGAGUGCAUCGGUGAGCCUCUGUAUUGUGUUUUGAGGAUUUGGGCUUAAAUAUUCAAAAUGGCGGACGGAGGAGCAGCGAGUCAAGAUGAGAGUUCAGGACCAGAUUCUAAAAUGAGUAAUCCAUCGGAAACAAGUAAAUGUGCAAUGGAGAGCGGGAAUGAAAACACUGGUGCCCAAACAAAUGGACUGGACUUUCACAGGCAGACUGUGCAAACAACAAACGCAAUCACCAACGCACACGCACAGGCCUUGCUCCAACAGUUGACUUUGACUCCGGCGCAGCAGCAGUUAUUGCUGCAGCAGGCUCAGGCUCAGCUCUUAGCAGCAGCGGUGCAGCAUUCAGCCGGCCAGCAGAGCAGCACUACAGGAGCCAGCAUCUCUGCCUCCGCUGCCACCCCCAUCACCCAGAUCCCCCUCUCCCAACCCAUCCAGAUCACACGAACAAUACAGCAGUUACAGCAACUGCAGCAGCAGAACCUCAACCUGCAGCAGUUUGUGCUGGUCCAGCCGGGCCACCACAUUGCAACACAGCUGCAGCCCGCGCAGUUCAUCAUCUCGCAGACACCACAGGGUCAGCAGAGUCUCCUACAGGCCCAGAACCUUCUAACUCAACUACCUCAAAGCCAAGCCAACCUCCUGCAGACCCAGCCAAGCAUCACACUUGCCACACAGCCUGCUACACCCACACGCACGAUAGCAGCGACCCCCAUCCAAUCCCUUCCUCACAGCCAGACGACACCAAAGCACAUCGACACACCCAGCCUGGAGGAGCCCAGCGACCUGGAGGAGCUAGAGCAGUUUGCCAAGACCUUCAAACAGAGACGCAUCAAACUGGGCUUCACGCAGGGGGAUGUUGGCCUUGCCAUGGGAAAACUUUAUGGAAAUGACUUCAGCCAAACCACCAUUUCUCGCUUUGAGGCCUUGAACCUGAGCUUUAAGAACAUGUGCAAACUGAAGCCUCUGCUUGAAAAAUGGCUUAAUGAUGCAGAGAACCAGACGUCUGACCAGGCCCUGUCCAGUCCCAGCUCUCUUGGCUCACCUGGGCUGGGCAUGGAGGGCUUGAACCGCCGCCGCAAGAAGAGGACCAGCAUUGAGACCAACAUCAGAGUGGCCUUAGAGAAGAGCUUUCUGGAGAAUCCAAAACCUACCUCUGAAGAGAUCACCAUGAUCGCGGACCAGCUCAACAUGGAGAAAGAGGUGAUCCGAGUAUGGUUCUGUAACCGCAGACAGAAAGAGAAGAGGAUCAACCCACCCAGCAGUGGCAGUGCCAUCAGCACUCCUAUCAAAGCAAUCUUCUCUCCCACCACACCUCUGGCACCGAGUACAGCAAGUCUUGUGACCAGUAACACUCUCACCAGCACUAGUGUCUCCAGCGUCGGUUUCACUGGCACAAGUAUUGGCUCGGCUAGCACUAACACUGCAUCAGUCAUCUCCACUGCACCAGUGAUCACCACCGCAGCAUCCUCUCCUUCGCUCAGCCCUUCUCCCAACGCAGUGCAGACGUCCUCCUCCGAACACACUUCAGUUCAGGAGAUGGUGACAGCAGUAAGUCAGGCACCUUCCUCCCUGGCAGCAACUCUGGGCACUGGACAGGUGAUGGUGGCUGGGCCCAGCCUUUCAGCGGCACUGCAAGGAGCCACCCAGCUGCCCACCAGCGCCAGCAUCGCUGCCAUGGCUGCAGCCGCAGGCCUCAAUCCUGGGCUCAUGGCGUCUUCACAGUUCACUCCUGGCGGGGCUUUUCUAAGUUUGGCACCCGGUGGUCUCGGAAGCGCUUUGAGUCCAGCACUGAUGAGCAACAGCACCUUGGCCACAAUCCAAGCUCUGGCAUCUAGUGGCAGUCUGCCCAUUACGUCUCUGGAUGGGAGCGGGAACUUUCUGUUUGCCAACACCAGCGCCGGCAGCACCCCUAACCUUGUGACGGCUCCGCUCUUUCUGAACCCUCAGAACUUGUCACUGCUCGCCAGUAACCCGGUCAGCCUGGUGUCUGCAGGAGGGGCCGCGGGGGCCGGAGCCCUCAACCUGCACAUCACCGCCGAUGCCCACCAGAGCGUUGUCACUACAGCAACUAUGCCCGCCUCCACCAUCACCACGGCCUCUAAGGCCCAGUGAAAGCUUUACCCACUCCUCCUCUCCUAGACCCCUUUCCUUUCAUUUCCUUUAGUUUUCUCUUGCUACCACCAAAAACAAACCUUUUGAAUAGGAUUUAAUGUCGUUUUAACGUUAUUUUAAUGUUUGAGUUUGUAUGUUAUAACUUUACACCUUAAUCUGCGAUGUUUGGACCUCACUGAUGGGUUGACUUCAUCCAAAUCAACCGUAAGCGAAUGUUGGCGUCUCCACAGAGCUUGCAUCAGGAGAGCAGAAACCUCCCUGGACAUUGUGCCAAGUCUCUGUGCGACGCAAAGACAUAUUCGUUUCAACGAACUCGCUCUUUUCUCCCAUUUUCACACGAAACCUCUUCUUCAGAGGUAUUUCUGAAAUGCUUUUAACCAAAAAACUUUGUUUACUCUGUGUUGAAUGAAACCUUCUUACUGCUGACAGUAACCUCUUCUUCCUCACUGUAGAGAAAUGUUCUGUCUAUGAUUUCACUGAAGAUCAUGCUUUACAGACGCUCCUGUCCCCGUGGAACGUUUCCUUUUAGAUGCACAUGAUAUAUUUUUAUUUAGCUUUGUGUCCAGUAUCUUACUAACUUGUGGUUACAAGGCUUUAAAUGGAGUAAUAUGCGGCUGUGAUGCUGUUUCAUUGCUUUAAGGAAUCGUUCGACUGGCCUUUCUUUCUAGUGAAACUUCAGAUAUUGUCUUCAUAUCUUUUCAUAGUUUCAGUAGCAGAAGACUAGUCUGGGUCUGAAUCCUCACCCAGUAACGGGCUCACUUAAUAUACUAAAAGCUUUAACGAAUUAUGAAAUGAUUCGUCAAUGAGGAGUUGUUCAGCGUGGGCAAAAGUAACUGAGCAGUACCAUCUACUUUGAAGCUUCAGUAACUGAGAGCUGGCGACGUUAGCAUCCGGACUACAUAGCCACGUAAGGUUAACCUCCUCACGGUCUUCCUAACAUGGGAUGUGCUCACGGUAUCACCACCUGAUUGUGAAGAUGUAGGUCAAGCGAGAUAAAGUUGAGGUGGAUGAUGUUCAUGUUUUUUUUUUUUUUUUUUUAUAGGAUCUUUUUUUUUUUUUUUUUUUUUUUUUUUUACUUGUGCACAGUAUCUGUACCAAAAAACUGGAUUUGAGAACUGCAGUCUGCUCGGUUUUUAGCAGAACAUCUGUCACGCUUUAAGAGGUCUUUGUAUUGCCUCUAUUUCAAGAUAUACCAAAAAUCUUUGUUAUACCUGUUGCUGUAUAUUGCUACUGUAGCGUAGUUUAAGCCUAAAUAUUUAUGAGCGAAGGCUCUCGGUAGACCACAGGAAAUAUAAUGCAAUAUUCUGAUCUUUUCCAAAGACGAAAACAUAGUUCUUCUUUUUGUUUUUUUUCUUCUUUUAUUUGAAAUGGCUGUCCCUCCUCAAUUUUGUAGUGUCAGUGAAACUAACCAAAUAGAUCCGAGGCGAGAGCAGGACGUGAUACUACAGCAAAGGACCAGUUUGAGGUUUGGGAUUGUCCUUUCUGCUGGUCAAUGAUGAGGACUUUGAGUGACAAGUGGGGGAGUCGUUUUCCCAUUCUGUUCAGAUCAUUGGAAAUUGUAAACGUGAAGUAAAGCGUGUUCUUACCAGAAGAACAGGCUUUUUGAACAUUUUCCCUUCUUUGUAGUUGCAAGGUGCCAGAUUCAGUCCUCCAUAAGCUGAAAUCAGGGCCUUCUCUAAAUUUCACUCCAGCCCAUUGUGUUGGCUGUACCAUGGAGGACAGUAGUGGGGCCUCAAAAUAUCCGUUAUAAAGGGGUGAGAACGUAUUUAGGGGUUUUAUCCGGAUGGUCUGUUUCUUUUUUUCCCUACCAAUGUAAUGCAGCCAUGAUGUAAAGCUUGAACCAAAGUCGAUUUCUCACUAGCUGCUGUGCCUGUGUGGGUCAGUGCAGUGCUGACCACACUUUCACUACUCACUACUGACAAACUUUACCAUCUAUUACACUUCUUUUAAACCCUACUCCUUUGACUCGCGUUGUCCAACAAAUAUGAAGAAAUAUAGCUUCUCUAGCGCAGUGCUAACUUGUUUUACCUCGCGAUAUCCAAACGUUUAAUGAUCCAAAGAGAAUCUUAAGGGCCUUGUGUUUAAGUGCUGUUGAGAUUUUGGGAGUCUGCGUCCUUUAUUUCAUUCUUUUACCUUUACGCCGAGUCUUUGUUUUGGAUGUAAUCUCAUAGUACUCAACAACCCAUGCUGCGUUUCGACGAAUGAAUAGCAAUAGAAAUAUCAAGAGUCCGCCGAACUCUUAAUUUAAAAUCCAGAAGAACCUGUGAAAGUGCAAAAGGCUCUAAAAUGGCUUAAUUUGACAAGAAUGUGGAUUUUUAGUAUUCCAUUGGUACACUGUCUAGACUUGUUGUUGAUCAUGAACAACGGAGAACAGGAAUUCUGGGAGAAUUACAGUGCUGUUUUAUCCGUAGCAUUGCUUUUAACACUCUCACAUUUUAAUUUCUGUGAUGAAGAGGUCAGAGUCUCCCCUUACUGUCCCUUUUGUCAUUUGUUACUGUGGCCCGGUCUGUCAAUUUUUGUUUUACGACUGUUUGUUAGCAAUGCGAUGUGUGUUUUAUUGUUGAUAUGAUUUGAAAUACCUCAGCAGCACUUACAUGGAAGGUUCACUUUAAGCAAAAGACAACAGUAGUCAGCUCCAGAAUGUACAAAAGCUGAUUCUGACAGUCCAUUUUAAAAUGACCAAUGUGUAAAACAAAACUACGAAGUAUAACAGGAAAAUCUGUAAUAACAAUGUCACAUAAGUCUACUACUGCUAUUUCAAGUACUACUACUAUUACUACUUAAAGGGUAUGUCCAGGUUAACUUGUAAUGAAUAUUUUGUUAUCAUACUUGCCAAAGUAAAAAAAAAAAAAAAAAAAGCCUUUGUCUUUGCGGCUGGGUCUUGUUGCUGCUCAUUCCGCUGGUUCUGUCCGGAAAUUUCAAUGUAGCCUCUCUGGACAUGUAGAUUUAUGUGUUGUUUUGCGCAUUAGUGUCACGACCCGGUGGUCGCCGGGACUGAGGGGAGUUACUGAUAUAUUUAUCUGAGGAAUGACUCAAAAGAUAAGAGAACUUCUUUUCUAAAUUCUAUAUAUAUCCACUUAUGUAAGAUGCUCAUAUUUUAUAUUUGAACUAAUAUCUAGUUUGAAUGUAGUGUUUUUGUCAUGCUUAUUCACUAAAAGAAAAGAAAAAAAAAUACUUCAUUUAUAUUAUAGGUAUUUAAAAAAAUUAAAAAAUAAACAAAAAAAAGUCAAGACCAAAAAUUGCAACCACACCCUUGUGAUGUGGGAGUGGCUGUUGUGUGCCCUGCCCACAUUUAAAUGUGGUUUGUUUGAGUGGGAGGGGCUUGUGAUGGUGCUCCUAAAGGAAAGCCCCAAGCUUCCGUUGAUGUAACAGACUUGAUGGCACCAAAUUAGUUUUUUUUUUUUUUUUUUUGGCUUUAGUUUUUAUGCAUUUUAUUUGCCAUGUUGCUUUUUAACAAUCUUUAACAAUCAUUUGAGUUUAAUUACUUCAUGCCUUUUUUUAUUUGUUUGUAUAUCACAAGGGAGCAACGUCACUGGCUUUCUUAGUUUGACAAAAACUUGCAUUUAUCAUUUAUGCCUUACUAUUAUUUCUGAGUUUGACACAUUGUAGCAAACUUUAACAUGUUGAUGUGAGAGAUGAUUUUGUUUGGUUGUGAAUUUGUGUGUGUGUGAAAGGGGAUGCAACAGAGCAUGCACCAAUGUCAAAACUCACAUGGUGCAUAUCAACCAUGAAAAUAACGCUGUGAGUUUUAUUUGUGUUUUGUGAUAUUUUGGAAGUGUUGCUACCUAUUUUUUUGUAGGUAAAAUUCAAGCCGGUUGGAUACCUGUUAAAAGCUUUACUAAUAACUCAACUGCAGCUGAUGUGUAGAGGGCGCUAGUGGUGCAUUUACUUUGAAAGAUAAUACUUAAGAGAGGUUCUGUCUGACGUCAUAUCUUAAAAGUGAGACUUUUUAGUGAGACUCAUUGGUAGGAAAUACAGGAAACUGAUUUUUUUUUUUAAGUGGAUAUAAGGACGCAUCAUGCAUCAUUUGAUGCAAUUGACCACUUGGCUGUAAAUGCUAUCCUUUUUAACCUGUGUGCUCAUGAGAUGUUUGGGAUGGGAUUUAUCCAAGGAUGUUGAACCUGGCAACAGCUCUGUAAAUUUGAAGUUGUUGUGGAUCCUUUUUGCCACUUGAUUUUGGCGUGUGGAUGCUCUGACAUGUGAUUGGAUAGUUUACGAUUGUAGCGGAGUUUGCCGCUGUAGACCCUCAGUCUAGUGACGAAAUAGGAUAGUUGAGGUCAUGCACCAGAGAGCCAAGCGAGAGCUGGUCUGAGUAAAGGAGCUGUUGUAUACCUCAUUUCUAACUCGAAACGGAGUAAAAACUUGCUUAAAUCUACUUCAAAAGAUGAAAUAAUAAUAAAAAAAGAUCGGUCCCAGAACGGAAGCCUGCAGAUGUCUGUUUAAAGUUUUGAGUGAGUAACCGGAUGGAUACCCAGAAGGCCGCACAUGCAUAUUAGAAGCCCAUCCCACUUAUUUAUAUUUAGAUUUUAGCACAAAUUUAAGUUCACACUAUAGCUCCUUAUUAAUUUUAUACCAAAGCUUUUUUUUAUUUGACAAUCGUCUUUUUUAUAAACCCCUAACCCUUAUUUGUUGCUGGGCUUGUGCCGUUUGCUCUUCUGGGUUUGCAGUCUGCUUGUUCCUCACCUUCUCAGUGGUAACCAAAGACUUUCAGUGUGAUUGUAUGGACUAAACUCUCUCUUCUAGUGCCCUGCCUAAACCAUCAGCUUGUGGUUUUAGAUCAUUGGUCACCUGUGGCCAAGUGGGCAGGGUUUAGUAGAAAGAGGAAGCAAAACAGCUCUGCCAGCUUCUGGAAAGGACUUAAAUUAACCCCUCGUGGGUUGGGUGAUGUUUUUUAAUACACGCUGAAGGAUGUCCUGGGCUCACUGCAACCUGCUCAGGAUAAACUGUCCUCUGGAGUUCCACUCUGUGGCUGCAGCAAGGCAACACUCUUUCUAUGAUUGUCUACAGAAAACAUGCAACGUCUCUCCAUAAGUCAUCUUUUAGGUGCCGUCGUCCCGUGGUUUCGCUGUUUUGUUGAUGUCUUGUAUCUAGCUUUGCUGUUUCCACUAUCAUGAUUUCAAUUGGUUCGAUCAGCUGUGCAGCUAUGCAUCAUUGUCCUCCAUCCUGCAAGGGUGGCGUCUGAGCGACACGGCCUUUUUCAGAUGAAGCGUAAUAGUUUUAUGCCAAGUGGAGGGUCGAAAGCAACUAUAAGCUCUAUCCCAAAGCAAAAAUAUCCAAAUAUGAAAUGUUUUACAAGUGCAGAUACCAAAGAUUACUCUGUUCUUUUUCCUCUUCCUUCCCAAACCCUUCAGCUUGUGUAUUAAGAAACAGAACCCAGCUCUGACAGUAGUCCUAACCUCAGUAAUUCCAAAGCUUAGAUGUAUAUUUUGGUAUUUUUCUGAGAUGUUUAUGGGAAAGAAAAAAAAAAAGUUUUGUCGUUUUUAAUUUUCUUGUUCCUUGGAUCUGUUGCUCUUUUUCUGUCACAGCAUGGAAUUUAACUGCAAAACUGUCUUACUGUAGGUUAAAGAAAUAGUAUUUUUGUAUGUUUUUGGAUGUCAAUGUAUGUGAUAUCAGUUUCACUGCCCAACUUAUUGUUUUUAAAACAAAAUAGAAAAAAGAUUAAGAUAAA